AUGUCAGAUGAUAAAGGCUCAUUGGAAUAUCUCCCAAUCUAUUCAUUCCUCUUUCUAAAUGUAAAAGGCUCUAGUUUAUAUAAUGCCUAUGACCGGGAUGAUGUUGAAAAUAAAUUGGUUAUCAAAAUCAAUCAAGAUGAUCGAGCUCCAAAGUUUUCUGUUGCAGAUGAUGUUUCAGAAGUAUAUGGUUUGUCAGAAAUUCAUGAAUGCAUUAACGGUCAAAAACCUUUAAGAGCUAUAAUUGAUAUCGAUGCUAUUCAUGAUGAUAUGAAAGCAAAUGGUGUUAAUUGGGAAGACAUUCUCAAAGGAUUGGUAAUCACUAUAUUAUCAGACCCUAGCAAGUCUAGCUAUCAUAUUCUAUAUGCACCAGCUCUCCUUAUAGAUCAUCAUGAACUCAAAGCAUUCACAGAACUAGUACAUACCUUAACUGGGAAAAAGUUUGGUAAGUAUAUCGAUCAAGGAUUACUGAGUCAAAACUUUAACCUUCGCCUUAUUGGUUCAGCAAAAAAAGGUCAUGUAAAGCAUAUCCUUCAGUUUUCUCUUGAUAAUGGCUGGAAUGAACUUGAAUACGCUAGGGUUCAACCACCUACUAGCUUAGGACUUGAAGUUAAGGUUCUGGGUUUUCCUAAAGCCUUCUUAAAAUUCCCAUCUUGGGUCAAGUAUGAUGACCCCCUUAUAGCUACAGAAAUAUAUGAGAAGAGAUAUGUAAGACCAUUACCUAAUAAAGGCGAUAUUUAUGUGGGAUCACCUUGGGAGACAGAAAAAACAUAUAUUCUAGAGCAUCUUACUAUAUCUGAUGACGUGAAUUUACUAAGAGUUGUGUGUCAGAUAGAAAGUUUACAUCGUAUUACUAAUAAUUGUAAAUGUAAUAAAAAAUGCAAAUGUCUUCCAAUUCAAUAUGACUUAUGGAUUGAUGAAAUAGUAUUUAUAAUUGCUCAAGCACAAAGUCGUUUAGCAGAUCAAUCAAUAAAGAAAUUAUAUAAAUUAAUUCAAGAGGCUAGACGUAUUAUCCCUCAAAAAAGUAAGAUGUUCCGCUUGGCUCCUAAUAAAGAAAUAGUAUUAGCUGAACUUUGGGAUUGGGCUAAGCAGAUGAUUUCACUACCUUUUGAGGAAUGGAAAAGCACAUCACUUAUCUGCCACCUUAGAAAGAAUAUACAAGGGAUAGUUCAUGCUCUUAAGACUGAUUUCCAGAACUACGAAUCAAGGAAUAUCAUG